AUGGAUUUGUUCUUUCCAGGGACGGUGCUUGCUGUUGAAGUGCAUUUCGAGAAUAAAGAUAGCGGAUUUUUCUUGAAACACACUGCAAGAUGGAACGGCGCAGGCCCACCUCCAGAACCGAUGGGUACAGCUUUGCCUGGUGCACUACUUUCUUUGGACCGAUUCACUGUAUUACAAGGAUCGGCGCCAGCGUCAGUUAGAGCCACAUACGGUCCAUUUUCCACUAAACAAACUGUACCAGCACGAUACGCAGUACCAGAUCCUCUAGAACCCCCGCGGAGAAAUGCCACACUUCUAGAGCUACAAGAAGCUACAGCGCACAGAAUGGACGUGUCAGCGCAUUUAGUGUUUCGAGAGCUACCUCGUGAUGCACCCGUGCUGCGUGUUUUAUUCCAUACCGGUGGAGAAGGUGGUGCUAGAAGAGCCGCUGCUCGUCCAAGACGUGUUUGUAUAACACUACACGCUAGCCUUGGUUCACGAACUCUAACGGCUACUUGUGGGCCUGAAGGCGAAGAAGGCGCCUGUUUAUCAGAACUAACCAUUCCGGCUGCAUGGUGGCCCGCAGAUGGAAAAGGAAAACGUCCUCCAAGGACAGUGAAAUUGGCUUACAGCGCUGCUGAAGCUAGUAAUGGCGAUUCUGGUGAUGGUGCUUGUGGAAAGGUGUCUGUGCAGCCAGCGUGGCCACUGGGAUCGGUGACUCUUGCUGGAGCUCGUGCCGGGUAUCGUGAGGCACGAGCGGGGGACUCAGCCCUGCUACUUCCCCGGGCACCCCUUUAUCCACACUCCAGACUUCAUCUGCCUUUCGUUGUUCGACGUGACACAAGCCACACCAUUGGACAUGUUGUUAUCAGAAAUUAUUUGGUGCAGCUAAGUUUUGGUUCAAAGGUCGAAUCGAACGGAGGGCAACGAAGAGACUACGAAAUAGUAUCAAAUGAAAUCCUCUUGCAAUGUAGAACAUUUUAAAGAUAACCUUUUUGAAACAUGCUUGUGGCUGGUUUACGCAUGAUUAAGUAGAUAAGUAGUAGGCACUUAAGAUUUUUUUACUUAAUUUUAAGCGAUUAAAUACGUGUAAACAUAUAAAUAAGUUAAAAGUAGCAAGUUGAAAUUUAAUUCUGGUUAAGCUUAUAAGUAGUUAACUAUUUAUAACCAGCUGUGAUGUCGUCAUAAAAUUAGUUUAGGUUUUAAUAAACAAAUAAGAAUGAUCAGGUUGAUAUGUACAAAAGGAUAAAAAGCCUUCCAAAAAAAUAAAAAAGUCAACUGCACUCAUUAAUUAAUUCAUCCAUUCAAUUUAUAUUUUUUAACAGAAUGAAGGUAAAGUCCGGCUUGCGGUUAGUAAGCGUAACCGCAGCUAAUUCGAGAUGGGCGGUGACAGCUGAAGUGAAACCGAGAGCUGCUACUGUCACUGCAACACGAUUGGAGCAGCCUUUACAAGACGAUGAUGGAUUAGACACGGAUAUUGAAGAAAUCGGAGGUGCCGGUGGCCCCGGCUGGGAAGAAGUUUUAACGUGGCUGGUAGAGGUUGGAGCUGAAGGUGAAGGUGAUACCGAAGGAUCUGAGGGAGAGACCGGUCGGGGCACGGCGCGACUGAGCUGGUCUGCUCGGGUGUCUAGCAAUCCUACCACCACCUCCACAACUGAAGAACCACCUCAUGAACACCGUGUCAAUACAAGAUUGGACAUCGAGAAAGACGAUAUACAAGCAGUGUUACCGAUUUCUAAGGUGUCAUCAUCAUGCAGUUCAGUGUACGUGGAUGGUUCAGAGAUUCGUGGCUCAUCUAACGCCUCUGUGAUCGUCAAGUACGGUACCUAUACGGGCCUGGCGCGGUUCACAGUGUGGAUGCCAGAAUAUCCCUUGGAAAUUGAUGUCGAUGACAAUCGUUUAUCACAAAUCAAAGGUUGGAAAGUAUCGGAUGACACUAGCGCAAAGGAGAGAAUGAAACGAUCACUGUCAGCCCGUGGUUGGGGUGGCGCUAGACCAGAUGGUACAAACUCUUUGUCUGAACAGAGAUCAUGUCGUCUCCGGUACCAGCAAAGCAACGUCGAGGUUUACGCCCGAUUCUUGGCCAAAGACCACGAUUCAGGUCGCGUGUCAUACUUCGUGUCGCGUCGCACCUGGCUUAAGGUGACGGAGCUGGUGUUGACUCUGAUGCGCGUAUCCGAUCCUCGUCGUGUCAUUGGUCUGCGUGAAGUUCGUGUGGUGAACGACAAAGUGUCGAUAUCUCGUCUCCUAGUACGAGUCAUAUCUGGUCUUCAGCUGAACAUAUCACCGGAUUCCGCCAUCACAGACGGAUACGUAUCAGAAACUACUGUCACUAGACGUCUCACUGCACAGUACCAGGUAAAAUGUAGAAACUUGGUACCAUAGGUAUAGCAUAGCUUUAAUGAAAUAUAACAUUUAUUACCUUAUAAAUUAAGGUUUAUUUGUUUGAAUCUUUAUAAUUCGGUGACGCUAUCCUUGACAUCGAAUUCGAGGCUGUUUUAAUAACACAAAAAUACUGCUCUCGUAAAUAUAAUAUGAUUAAUUGUUCAAAAGAGUUGGCUAUAGAUUUAUAUAAGGAGAAAAGAGAUUUAA